CACUCCCACUCACCCUCACUGCUCGCCCACUCGUGCAUCUCAUCCACCACCACCUCGUCCUCCUGUCUUCUGCUCCGUCGACAAUCGCCUGCCCACUCGUGCGGUGCCGUGCGACUCGGAGCAUUAGCAAAUCCGCCCGUUUCGCAAAGCUUGGGGCGAGUGGCUGGGACCCGCUUGCUCCCCCGACCGACGGACGGUUAACAACACCGCCUCUUCAAGCGAACACAGCAACGCAUCGGCUUUGGUGGCAGCAGGAUACGGACGACGACAGAGAGGAUGUGGUGAUUUCUUGGAGGCAGUCUUGCUUGCAUUCCAUCCUCCGUGCCUUCACCGCCUCCUGGUCUUGACACCCCCUCAAUCUUCCCCUUCAGCGUCGUUCCCCAACUCGCUUCCCUUCGACUGACCCACCGAUACAAUGGAGGAGCGGGAAGACUGGUCUAACGGCCGCCCAACCUCCAACAUAAUGGACUACGCCUCCCCCACCGACGACGAGCACGACUCCGAGCCUACUCCCUCUCUAACUCGCAUCUCCUCACGCUCGUAUAACAACCGCUUCUACUCCUCCAACCGCGGCAAGGCCCGCGCAACUCAGAGUCGCCCGCGACCCCCUCCGAUCGCCACCAACACCCCUUCCUCCUCCAACUCCCACGUCCCCACCAUGCCUAUCCCCAUCCCCUCCAACCCGAGCGUCAUUCCGGGGAACACCCUCCCCUCCGCGCCCGCCAGCCCACCAACUCCCGCGCCGAGUCCGCCGCCGACCGGCAGAGCACCAGACUGGCGGACCGCUGGCCCGAGGGAGGAUAUUGGAGACAUUGACCUGGACGAUGAACCCGAUGCCCACAUGUCCGCCCAUGUCAGUCUGGCCGAGUCCUCGUCGCUAGGCUUUGGUUAUCGACAUAUGCGCGCAAUGUUUGCGGAUAUGGACAGCAAUGAGCGGCAACGCAUGCUCGCCGAACUGCUCAACAUGUGCGAUGGCAAACUCCUCGGCUUCGUCGCCCAUUUCGUCGCCCCCCGAUUGAAACGCGAUCCCUUUUCGGUGCUGCCUAACGAGCUGUGUUUGCGCAUCUUGACCUUCAUCGAAGACCCGAAGACACUUGCACGGAGUUCGCAGGUGAGUAAGAGAUGGCGGGAACUCGUGAGCGACGACAUGGCGUGGAAGAGCUUGUGUGAGAAGCAUGCAUAUCGGCGGAUGUCCGACGAUCGUCGCUCGAGCCCACGACGACCCACACCCCCUGCGCAAACUUCCAAUCCAGAACAAAGGCAUCCGCAUCCGUAUGGGUAUCCUCCUGGCUUUCAGCAGACGCACAAUCCCGCCUUGGCUGGCUUCUCGUCUAGUGCCCCGGAUCUCACCCGACGCAUGAGCUUGAACGCUGUCCCCUCCGCCGUCCUACCGCCAACCCUCUCUGCCCGCCAUUCCGCCUCCAAUGUCAAGCGUCGCCCGAAAGCGACGAGCUACCGUUCUCACUUUAAGCAACGCUAUCAAGUCGAAACUGCGUGGCGCACGGGCGGCAAGGUGGAUACCAGGCAGAUCACCCCGGACCAAGGCGUUGUGACGAGCCUGCACCUUACUCCAAACUACAUCAUCGUUGCGCUCGACAAUGCCAAGAUCCACGUCUUCGAUACCGAGGGUAGACAUCUGAGAUGCUUGCAAGGGCACGUGAUGGGAGUCUGGGCUAUGGUUCCUUACGCCGAUACCUUGGUGUCCGGCGGCUGCGAUAGGGAUGUCAGGGUGUGGGAUCUGCAGACCGGCCUAGCUGUGCACAUGCUGCGCGGCCAUACGAGCACGGUGCGCUGCCUGAAAAUGUCAGGAUCGAAUGUGGCCAUUUCGGGCUCGCGAGACACGACACUUCGGGUCUGGGACAUCAAGAAGGGCGUUUGCAGGCAUGUGCUUGUGGGUCAUCAGGCUUCUGUGCGCUGCUUGGAGAUUCACGGCGACUUGGUGGUUUCCGGUUCCUACGACACGACCGCGAGAAUCUGGUCGAUUAGCGAAGGCAGAUGUCUGCGGACGCUGCAGGGACACUUCAGUCAGAUUUACGCCGUGGCGUUUGAUGGACGACGAGUGGCCACUGGUUCGCUGGACACGUCUGUGCGAGUAUGGGAUCCGAAAGACGGGAGGUGUCUCGCCCAGCUGCAAGGCCAUACUUCGCUCGUUGGACAGCUGCAGCUCAAGCACGACACCCUAGUCACCGGCGGCUCCGAUGGAUCGGUGCGCGUGUGGUCUCUGCAGACCUAUUCCGCCAUUCAUCGACUCGCGGCACACGACAACAGCGUCACCAGUCUACAGUUUGAUGAGAGCCGGAUAGUAUCCGGCGGGUCUGACGGGCGGGUGAAGGUAUGGGAUUUGGAAAGUGGAUCUCUAGUUCGCGAACUCGGAAGCCCCGCGGAAGCAGUGUGGAGAGUCGUGUUCGAGGAGGAGAAGGCUGUCGUUCUCGCCAGUCGAGGCGGCAAGACUGUCAUGGAGGUCUGGUCCUUUGCACCACCCCCGGAAGACGGCCUCCCCGCUUUCUCUCCCCGAUCGAGCUCCACGAGUUCGUUGUCCAUCCCGCGCAUUGCGCCGUAUCAAGAUCCGGCCUAUGGCGAGCGGCCCUCCUACGAACGAAGCGAUAGUUUCGGGCGGGCGGCGGAAAUGGCGAAGCACCAGGAUGCCGUCAUGACCGAUGCGUACGACUACGAAAAUGACGCCGGCAUGGCGAUGGAGCAGGCAGAGGAGGGUAGAACGUCGUUUACCGGUGAUGAGGAAGGGCAGGAGAAGGAGGAUUCUGGAUUCCAGCGAGACGGGGUCUGACGAUAGAUAGAUUUGAGGCGAUGGAACGAACGGUGGGAUGGGCCGGUGGCUUGAACGGCCGCGCGGACGACGAUCUGAGGCUCAUCUUUGGACGAAGAUAUCAAUGUAUUCACGCU